AUGAGCGCCAUCAACACCGGGGCUGUGUUUUCUGUGUAUGAAUCAAAAGUAUUCUACGUGGUUCACAGCAAUCGGUUAGUAGCUUUGGCACCCGCUCUUCGACCGACGCUCUUUAUACGAGACGGUCCGGCGUCGUUCAACUACGGUGGGUUAGGAGCGCUAGCCGGACGAGAGAUCAUGUACGGGUACGACUUGAACGGCAGCACGUACGACGCGUUCGGAAAUAAGCACAACUGGUGGUCACCACCUGCGAGGGACCACUACUUGAAACAAGCGCAGUGUGUGAGGCUGUCGGCUGACACCCUGACCGAAGGAAGCGUGAAGUUGGGCAGCGAGGCAGGUGAUGUACUCCUCGCUGACUUAGUGGGUCUGCAAAUGGCGGCCAGAGCCUUUCAAGCUGUCGCUGGAGGAAAGGAUCCCGUGCUCCCAACACUUCCAUUCUCUCCGAUGCAGCUAUUUUUCCUCGCUCACUGCUACAAAUGGUGCGACGGGCAUGACGAAACGGACGGCCUUCGCCAUAGGGAACGAUGCAACGUUGCCGUCACCAAUAUGGCGGAAUUUGCGGACGCUUUCAACUGUAAACUCGGCGACAGUUUAAACCCCUCUGAGAGGAGUUCCUUCUUCUGA